UGACGUAAGGAGUUGUUGACAUUUGUCCACUUAGUGGUAAUCCCUCGAAACAGCAGAUGCUAGAUAGAAUGCUCAACCCAGGGAGAAGAGCUUCGUAGUUACGUAUAUCUUCACUGUCCGAUAGUCCUACAAAAAAGAAUUCAUUUCAGAUGGUCCAUUGCAUUUGCACUCUCGGCUUAAACUACAACCACUGUACAAUGCCUUUCUGAAAACAAACAAAAAAUGAGGAAACAAAGCUACAGACACUGCAGUCCUAUGGAUAAUCAUUGCGAUAUACGCAGACGUGAGUGACGUAAACAAAACUGGGGAAAGUGAGUGAAAUUUAAUCACAUGAUGUGUCAUGUGACUGAAUUUCUUUUUGCAAACUUUGCUAAUCUGUACUGUGACGUGUACCACAUUUACCCCUACCGUCCUAGAAAAAUUAUCAACCCGUGCAAAGAGCAUCUUUUUCAUUGACAAAGAUUUAUAACAAAGGGAAGUAAUUGUGACGAAAGCAACUCAAUGUUCGUGACGCAAUCUCAUCCGAAAUAUUAAAAUGGAGAUUACGGGGGACCUUGUGAAAAAUCUAACAGACCCGAGUGUUGUUUCAAUUUGUAAACAGUUACUACUGGAAACCGAACCUGACGAUGGGAAAACUUAUUGCCCAAAGGUGUUUGAUCACGUGACCUGCUGGAACUACACCUUGGCCAAUACCACGGCGGUAGGAGGUUGUCCCCUGUCGCACCCCCAGGGAAUGAUAUUCUCACAACAGGGUCAUUCCUAUCGUCAAUGUCAGUCGGACGGUACCUGGUUUGUCAAUCCUUACACCAAUACGUCCUGGACCAAUUACAUCAGCUGUGUGGACCUGACUGAGUAUGAGAAUCUACAAAACAUCAACUAUCUAUACGAGAGCGGUUACCUGGUUUCCUUUGUCUUGCUGUGCCUUGCCUUUAUAAUUUUUACCUGCUUCAGACAGCUCCACUGUACUCGGGUGACGAUCCACAAGAACCUGUUCCUGUCCUACAUACUGUACGGAAUGACGUGGCUCCUCUUCAACCACCUGGUUACAUUGGAGGUGGCCUUGGAUUCCCCGAUAUGGUGCAUUUUGCUGUGGAUUCUGAAGGAAUACUUUAAUAUCUGUAACUACUCAUGGCUGUUCGUGGAGGGGUUCUAUCUGCAUUCAAUCAUUGUGUUGACUUUUACAAACCAGAAGAAACUCCUGUUGGUGUCUCUAUGCAUUGGAUGGGUGCUUCCGAUGUUCCCCAUUUCAAUAUAUGCAAUAAUGAACGCCGAAACACAGGACCAUGUAGGACGGCUAAAUUGCUGGGCGGGGGAUGUUCGCCAUAACAAAUUGUUAUGGAUAAUCCACGGGACCUGCAUAGCAUCCCUGUGUGUAAAUUUUAUCAUCCUUCUAAAUGUGAUGAGAAUAAUUGUGGUAAAGAUUCGCGCAGUCAACUGUGGAGAAACUACCCAGCUGAAGAAAACCCUGCGGGCCUGCCUGAUUCUGGUGCCAUUGUUAGGGGUCCAGAAGGUGCUGUUUCCCUACCGACAGAACCACAUCGCCUAUCGCAUCAUUGUCGCCAUUGUCAACUCUUAUCAGGGAGCCUGUGUCGCCUUGUUGCUGUGUUACUGUAAUAGAGAGGUAAUAAAAUGUUUCAAGAAGAAAAUCAGCCAAAUGAAAUACAUGAACGAUGGGCGGCGAUCCAGUCUGAUAACCAUUGGAACCUCCAUCAGCGGGUUUCUCCGUAGGGGAAGUAGACAGGUCAAUGUAUACACCAGGCGAACUUCCAUGUCACGUGACAGGAAGACGUCAGAACAAAUGACGGAAAACGGCACGCAAACGCAGAAGGAAGUUGGUCAGCCGCUUCUGUCAAAGAGUGAAAAGAGAGACUCCCAAAAAGGGGAGAUUGAAAAUCUUUUUUCCGGAGCUGAGGAACAUUCUAUGACGACAUUUACAGGGGCUAGGCGAGAGAGUAUCCGAAGUUCAGAUUCAAACAAGACACGAUGUAACCUGCCGAUCAUAUCCGAAGUGUAACAUGGGCAAAUGUGAUGACAAUUGUUAUAUAAUAAUUUUCCGUUACUUUUGUAUAUAGUUUUGUUUAUAUUUGAUCUCAGAAUGAAUAAUUAACUUGUAUAAGAUUUAUAUAAAGGUAGGUUAUAUGCAAUACUCCGUGUAUAAUUUUUAUAUUAUAAAUUCGACCCUAUAAAAUAUGACGUGCUUUUUCCGGCAGAUGUGAAUCAAACCAAUUAUACAUGCAUGAAUGAGAGUACAGUUAAAUAUGAGAUAAUAAAAUUAUAUCAUAAUGUUGACAUAUCAGUUAGUCUAUUGGUAGCAUGUAUGCUUUGGUUUCAAUGAUACGUGUAACUUAGCUAUAAUCAUGAAACAAUGAGAAUUGUUUAUCAAAGAGUUUAUUUCUGGGAAAAACAAAAUACGGGUAUUGGGAGACGCGACCUAUGCAAAUAGUUAAUUAAUGGUGUUUGCGGACUACAUGUAAUCCACCUGUACAUAAAAUCUGAUAUAAUAAUGUAUAAUACGAAUUGAUAUAA